CGUGGGAACCUUGACAAGCGGCAUGGCUGCGGGUUGUUCAGAGGCGCCGCGGCCAACGGCGGCUUCUGAUGGGUCUCUGGUAGGGCAGGCUGGAGUCCUGCCUUGCCUAGAGUUGCCGACUUAUGCCGCUGCUUGUGCGCUGGUGAACAGUCGCUACUCAUGCCUGGUGGCUGGGCCGCACCAAAGGCACAUCGCGCUGUCUCCCCGCUACCUGAACAGGAAACGCACCGGCAUUCGAGAACAGCUUGAUGCAGAGCUCCUUCGCUAUUCUGAGAGGUACCGAUCUCUUUGCCUGUUCCUUCUUUUGUGCACGGGAAGUAGCAGCAGCCUUUUAGGUGUCCCUAUUGCAUAUGAUAACAUCAAAGUUGUGGGAGAACUUGGAGAUAUUUAUGAUGAUCAAGGACACAUUCAUCUUAACAUUGAAGCUGAUUUUGUUAUUUUCUGCCCUGAACCGGGGCAAAAGCUUAUGGGUAUAGUUAAUAAAGUGUCUUCCAGCCACAUUGGCUGUUUAGUACAUGGGUGUUUCAAUGCCUCCAUUCCUAAACCUGAGCAGUUGUCAACUGAGCAGUGGCUAACCAUGGAGAUAAACAUGGGUGAUGAACUAGAAUUUGAAGUAUUUCGUUUAGACUCAGAUGCUGCUGGAGUAUUCUGCAUUCGGGGAAAACUAAAUAUCACAAGUUUACAAUUCAAGCGCUCUGAAGUUUCUGAAGAAGUUACAGAAAAUGGCACUGAAGAAGCUGCUAAAAAACCUAAGAAGAAGAAAAAGAAGAAAGACCCAGAGACAUAUGAAGUGGACAGUGGCACCACAAAGCUAGCAGAUGAUGCAGGUGACACUCCAAUGGAAGAGUCAGCCCUGCAGAAUACUAAUAAUGUGAAUGGCCUCUGGGAGGAGGAGCCAAAGAAAAAGAAAAGGAAGAAAAAGCACCAGGAAGUUCAGGACCAGGACCCUGUUUUCCAAGGCAGUGACUCCAGUGGUUACCAAAGUGACCAUAAAAAGAAAAAAAAGAAAAGAAAACACAGUGAAGAGGCUGAAUUUACCCCACCUUUGAAAUGCUCACCAAAAAGAAAAGGGAAAAGUAAUUUUCUUUAGUGUAUUUUAAAUAUGAUUCAGUUUUUAAAAGAUUGAUCUACAUACAAUUGAUGAAUAAAUGUUUUCAGUGAUAUGAAAUGGUUAAGCAUACCAGUAAUUUCCAAAAACAGAAAAUACUGAACUAGGAGUAGGAGGCUCUAUGUGCUAAAAAUGAUAAAACUGACUAUAAAUUAAUUUGGGGAGAAUCAGUAUUAUUAAAGUACCAUUUUAUACAAAAUAAAAAGAUAGCUGCUCUCACUGUCGGCUGUCACUGUCAGCUCUCAUAUUCUUCCAGGUUUUGCACUCUACAUAAAAUUAUUUCUACAAUGUCAAGACUAGCCAAAGGACUUUAUAAUACAAUAUUAUAUUACUGAAGAAUGAGUUAAGUUUGAGAUUUUGAUGAUUUGAUUUUGUGUGGGUUUAAUAGGCUUCACCUUAUUACAUGCUAUUUUAUUUUGCUUUUUUAAAAACUCAGAGCAUUAACUAGUUUUAGGUUUUCCUUUAUCAUGGCUUCUACAGUAUUUCUAUUGUUUAACGUAAAAUGGUUUUCCAAAGAAGUUUCUGAAGUCUUCACAGCUCUUAAAAGCCAGGCCUGGACUGACUGUGUGGUGGUAAAUGCUAUUCAUUAUUUUUUUUCUUCCAGGUGCAUGUGUGUCCUUGUCUUCUUAAGUCUGAGAGGUUGAUGGAAAGGACUGUUUUCUUGUACUUGUGCAUUUGUUCCUCAGCCAUUCUAAUUUUGUUGUAUGUUGGAGGAGAGUCUAAUGAAGACAGGAUAAAUGUGAUUCUGACUUGUGGGAAAUUUCAGAUUACUUUUUAAUGGUUGGAAUGUUCUAUAAGAUAUUGUGCUGAAGAGAAAACAGUUGUUCUGUUCUCUGCUUUCAUUGAGAAAAUGUGGAAUGUCUCUUGACUAAUUGACAAAGUGUAAUGAAAUGACAAGCUGGUUGAAGCUGAUAAUCAAUGCAUGGCCAUAUUCAUUUUCCACAUACUUGACCAUCUACUUUGUAUAACACAUUCUGCUAAGGCCCAGGGAUGUAAUAGCAAACAAGAUAGAUGUACUUCCUUCCCUUGUGGCAUGUCAUAAGAGAAACAGAUGUGCAUAUACACACAAUAAAUAAGAAAAUUAAUAAUUGUGUUAAGUGGAAUGAAAAAAACCAGGGAAGAUUGUUCACUCACUGUUACCUGUGUUAGUAUCUGCAAAUAGAUGAAUGAUUGAACUCCCAUGUCAGCAUUUUUGUUGCCAUUUAUUUAGUACCAGACAUAGUGCUGAUCUUACAGCUAAAUAUUUGGUAAUGAAUAAAUUCUGCUAGUGAUAUAUGUUGAUCUGAACUAUAACGAUGGGAUACAGAAUUGGCAGAGUGGUAGAUGUUGACAGUUGUCUACAAGUAAAUGUGCUAGACAAUGGAAGGGUGCAGGCCAACCUCUUUGAUUACAAUUGAGAUUCAUGUGAGUAUUGAGCCCUGGAAAUAUAGCUUGUCCAAAUUGAGAUGUGCUGUCAGUGUAAAGUACAUACCAGAUUUUGAAGAUGUACCAAAAAAUGUAAACUAUCUCAGUUUUUGUACUGGUGAAAUCAGUAUGUUUUGGUAUAGUGGGUUAAAUAAAACAAUUUUUGCCUU